AUGGACGCCCUCCACCUGCCCUGGCCCCUGCUCUUCGCCGCCCUGCACCUCCAGUUCUUCACCCUGCACUACCUAUUCGCCUCCCAGACCGCGCACACGGGGGCGCUCUACACGGCGUUCCUCUCGCUCAUGCUCGCGGGCGGCGUGCCCCCCAAGCUCGCGGCCAUGUCCCUGGCCUACUGCGUCUGCCUCUUCGGCUCCCUCACGCACUACGCCUCUGGCCAGGCCGCCGUGUACGUCGGCUCCGGCUACCUCAGCCUCAAGGAGGUCUUCUACUGCGGCGCCGUCUGCGGCGCCGCGGCGCUGGCGCUGUGGGGCACCGCGGGGAUGGCCUGGUGGAAGGUGCUGGGCUGGUGGUGA